GACGCAAUUUACAACAAGCUCUGUGGUCUUCCCUCACUGGUGGGGCAGAGCGGCAGAUGUUAAGGAGCCCCAUGUCGGAUGUCCAGUAAACCGGCCGGGACGCGUGUUUACAUCCACUCGGGGGCGAUGCAGGCGGGGAUGUGCGCACAGCGUCAACUCUAAUGCAGGCGAGGAUCAGCCGCAUAUAACCCGCAAGAACUAGCAGCUGAAGGUACCGGAUUGUAUCCCAGAGAGAAAUACUGAAGGUUCAGCCACAGCAGGAGAGUUUAAAUGCUCUGACACACAGUGAUCCAUUGCUGAAUACAGGAUGGACAGUUAAACAUUAUUAGCACCCCCUUGUGGUGUGGAGGAAUGAGGGCCUCUGGAUGAAGGCCAUGGAGCUGAAAGUGUGGGUGGACGGAGUGCAGCGCAUCGUGUGCGGCGUCACAGAAUUCACCACAUGCCAGGAAGUGGUCAUUGCUUUGGCUCAAGCCAUUGGACGCACUGGCAGGUACACCUUGAUCGAGAAAUGGCGUGAGACAGAACGUCACCUGGCACCUAAUGAGAACCCUGUGGUGUCCCUCAACAAGUGGGGUCAGUAUGCCAGUGACGUCCAGCUCAUCCUCCAGCGAACCGGCCCGUCUGUCAGCGAGCGGCCCAACUCUGAUGGGCAGGCUCGCGUCCCUGAGCGUGGCUUCUACCGCCAGAGCUUGCCGCCUCUGGCAAAGCUCCGCUCGUCAGGGACGGACCGCUCGCUCAGACGAAGGGAACCCAAACGCAAGUCUCUGACCUUCACUGGGGGGGCCAAGGGUCUGCGGGAAAUAUUUGCUAAAAGCAGAGAUGCUGAAGCAAAACAGCCCCAGCAGCGGGGUGUAAGUCUGAACCUGAGCAGGGUUGGAGGUGUUGGAGUAGCAUCUGUGCCUGGGAGUCCAGCCAGAGAGCUGAGCCGGCUGGUGCAGCUGCAGAGAGACAAACUCCAGGCCCUGGAGAGCCGUCUGCUGGGCUGCGAGGCCGAGCUGCAAGACUGGGAGGAGGCCGCUGGCGAGGCCGAUGGAGGAGGAAACUUGGAGGAGGAGCUGCUGCUUUUAGAGCAGCAGGUGAGGAGGAACGAUGCAGAGAUGGAGGAGGAGGAAUUCUGGCAGAACGAGCUGCAGAUCGAGCACGAGAGCGAGCGGCAACUCCGGCAACAGCUAGUCGAGCUGCAGGGUCUUGUACGCGAUUGUGAGGCCAAGCUCUCAGAGUACCUGGCACACAUACAGAGCAUGGAAGGAGUCCUGGAGCAGGAGCGGCUGCAGCAGGAGGCUGAACUCAACCAGAGGGUCAAUGAGGAGGAGGUACAAGCACAGCUGGAGAAAGUGAGGGCAGAGCUUGAAACGCAGAGCCAACACACAGCUCGGCUGGAGAGCAGUUGCAGAGCGUUGGAACGCUCACUUGGCCAAUCCAGCAAGAGAUUACAGGAGAAGGAGCAGGAGCUAGAGCAGCUGACUAAAGAGCUACGACAGGUCAACCUGCAGCAGUUCAUUCAGCAGACUGGUACCAAGGUCACUGUGCUGCCUGCUCAACCUACAGGAGAAAACAACAAUGAAGUGUACUCUGGUUCUCUGAAACGACUUGGCUCUUCUCGGCUCUUACCCAACGACCUUCGCGCCCUACAAAGCGGCGUGACCUCCAGCCUGAACCCUGAAGGCAUCUACGUUUGACCCCAACCUGUGUGGGAGACAUUAUUUGAGCAGCAGGGUCGGCCUUAUGUUAUCACGGCUGUUCCUCUGACUGGAAGACUCCUCAAACUGCAGAAAAUGCUCUUGAGUAAGGCACUGAAACAAAAGUAUGGAGGAUGAGUGGGGUACCACAAAAAAAAACAGUCCUCACAUCUGAUUAGCAUCUUUCUUGCUCUGCCUCCUCUUCCAUCUGACUAAGACUGAGAAUUAAACUGAUGUCAAAAUCCAUUUGCAAACGAACAUUUAAACUGUGUGUACUCCAGUGGGUGGGUGAAGAUUCUUCUUUAAGCUCUUAAGUUCCAUUUUCUCAGAAUAAAAAAACCAACUACAAGCCAGCAGAUGUAUUUGUGUUGCCAGAGGAGGCAUCAGCCAAACAGAUAAACUUUUUUUUUUAUGUUGUGUAUCAUAAAGUGGAGGUUGGACAUAUGUAAACAUAAUCCAUGCACGAGCAUGCACAAACACCACACCUGUGCUGUAACCGUAGCCAUAUCUGAUUGCCUUACUCUGGUGAUUUAAAACCAGACGUCAAUAAUGUUAAAAGAGAACUCAAGGUAGCUACUAAACUAUGCGCCAUAUAAAAUUGAUAAAAUACUUGGCACCACUUCAGGUGAUGCCUAGUCAUGGUAACCGAUGUCAGUGUAACUCAACAGUGGCUACAUUUUUUUCUUACACAUUAGUUAUUUUAUUUUUAAAUAUGUUUGUUUUAACCAGUAAUGCAUUUGCUUCAUAUUUCCUGUGUUUGACAAAAAAUGGAAAUUGUUCUCCCAUCAUAUAAAUUAAAUGAUAGAGGAGCAAGUAAUGGAGGCACAUCUUUUACUAUUGGAUAUUUUUGGUGAAAUAGUUUCGCUCCAGGUUCAGUUUGAUGUCAUAUUUUGUGCAGAGCCAUUAAUCUCCUCUUUGUUUCACUUGAGCACUUUCUCCAAAAGCUUCUGAAAUAUGAAAAAAGCGAUGAGGAUGAGUGAUGACAGAGGCCUUUGAGCCUGCAGUGUAAAUCCAGCUUGGAAAGUUUGCUAACAAUUACUUCAUACCCAGUUUGACCACCAGGUGGCGACAAAACAUAUAUUAUUAUAUUAUUCAGACGUGUUAAAGUUAACUGUGUGAAAGUUGCCUGAGGUCUGAUGAUAUCUGUCUCUAUUCAUUGUCAUGGGUCAAACAUGACUGCAUAUUGUUUUUGUUUCAAAGCGUCAGCACUUUAGCCUAAUAGUUUAUAAUCUGAAGUGCCACUUGGAUUGUUUAACAUAUUUCACUGUGUUCAUCAAGCACUAACACACAAACAAAUCACACACGUGUCAAAACAGUAUUACACCCACAUACUGCAAUCUUUUGUUCCAGCUGAUUUUUAUAAUGAAUUGAAGAUGUCUCAUAUGAACCAAAGCCAGUGUGAAAAACUAUAAUAGUUAGAUGAAUGUACUUUUUUUAUGUGAAUGCAACUUAUACCCGUGAAAUAUACCAACUCGAAUAGUAGUCAUGCUUUCAGGUUUCAUGGUUUGCUGUGCCAUAUGGUUGAGCUCUGUCUUGUUGCAACAUGACACAGAAGAAGUUCACGGGCUAAAACACUUCAAAACAAUCCAACAAAAUUACACAAAAGCCUGGUUGAUACUGCAUUUGCCCAUUUCUAAUUUGACGAUUUCUCAACACAGAAUAUAAGGAAAUUUCUAUCAGGAUAUCUAGGAUGCAACUAACAAACUGAUUGGGAAUUUAUGGGCUCAAAUAAGAUUCCAUUAGUUUUUGAACUUUUCAAAAUUUCAAUGUCUGUGGUUGUAUGUCAAACCUGUGAAAAAAAUUGUGAAAUUGUGACUGUAGAAAAGAUUUGCA